GUUCACAGGCGGGCGAAGAGGCUCGCAGCAAAUUUUUGCGCAAGAACAAAGCGGGAUUACCCUUAACUCCGGUCAAGGAGGAUCGCGACCAUCGAACAGUUGCUCCGGUGCGUACCUGAUACCGCGCAGAGCAGGAAAGGGGACAAGAGAGUCCCUCGUACCUUACGCGUCUUAUCCUCAUCACCUUCUUGUCCUCUUUCCAUUCACGCCACCUCGCGAGGGCUACCAAUACCAUGACCCUGCGACCACCACCACCGCCUCCUCGACACGAGCCCGCGGCCCAACCUCAGAUGUACGACUUCAUGCCCGCUUCCGAAGUCGAUUUGGGCACGUCUAUACCACUUUAUCCGCCCCUUCCCACGCAGGACCAAUCCGGCUUGACCACGCGUCCCAGACUUCGACUCAACAUCGACCCCUCUCGACGAAAGCCCGUACCACAGCUCUACAGCGGGCCAGUCACGCCUGUCACCGCAGGCUACGAGAUUGAGGAUCCUGAGUCGUUGGCGCCUCCUCCGUGGAUGGUCUUUGAGCCUCGCUCCACUGAUGACGCACCUGCGCCGCGCAUCACAAUCGAAGGAGGGUCCCCGCUGGAGCGCUUCCCAUCCGUCUCUCAUUACCCGUUCCAGCCUCAAGGACUUCCUUAUUCAAUUUCAAUGGCAGAGGUAGAGGCGACGACUCGAGACCACAAUCAGGAACAUGAGCACUACGAGGAUGAAGGAAACACCCCUCCUCCGACUGGACCUGGCAUCGAUCUCGGCCUCGAUGUGGACUUCCGUCUCUUCGAUGCUCUUCAGGACGAGUUGCGACUACCUCUCUCUACUGCUCGCGCUAGCAGCUGCACGCCUCCUCCUCGACCUGUCGUUUCCCUCAAAGAGAACGAAGAGGCAGAACUCAAGAGCGCUGUCAGAGCUAUGCUCGCGCCAUCCAGGAAGGAGCAGCCCAGCAAACAGGAGGCAAACCCAGCCACUGCACCUGCGGAGUUGCGAGAGAUGAGGGAGAUUUAGAGUCAACAUCAAAGGUGAACCCGAGAAGUCAAGGCGACACAUCACCACCUCUCCACUUCACCAUCUCACCAUUUCACCACUUCACCACCGCACCACCUCAAUACGUAAGACGCAAGCAGAGAAGCAUGUUCGAGU